GAGAGAGAGAGAGAGGCAGCUGCUGUAACCGCUUCAACACCGAUUUAAGACUUCCUUAAAUUCAAAAAGGAUACAAGUGGUGGUGGUGAACAACAGAAAGAAGAACAGAUAAGAUAUUUAAACACUUCAAAUUAACCUUUAAGUUGUGUUUUUAUAAUCAGCUGCAUCGAGUGGAAAAAGACAAGAAGGCCCCUGCGGAAACAUGAAAUGGAUGUUCAAAGAGGAUCACUCCUUGGAACAUCGAUGCAUAGAGUCAGCCAAAAUCCGCAACAAGUACCCUGACAGGGUCCCGGUGAUCGUAGAGAAAGUGUCGGGGUCGCAGAUAGUGGACAUCGAUAAGAGGAAGUACCUGGUCCCCUCCGACAUCACAGUGGCUCAGUUCAUGUGGAUCAUCAGGAAACGCAUCCAGCUGCCCUCAGAGAAGGCCAUCUUCCUGUUUGUGGACAAGACGGUGCCUCAGUCCAGCAUCACGAUGGGGCAGCUGUACGAGAAAGAGAAGGACGAGGACGGCUUUUUAUACGUGGCUUACAGCGGUGAGAACACCUUUGGUUUUCAAUAAAGCCGACGAUGGUGACCGGCCUUACCGACACCCACCCACCCCAAACAUCUAAUCACAGCCCUGACUCGGCCCCCCCCCCCCCCUUCCCGCUGGGGAAACCCGCGGGAGGGAGAGAGAGAGAGAGAGAGAGAGAGAUUCAGCGAACAUGAACGCCACAGAAAGAUUGACUUGACCGCUCACCUCGACUGGAUAGAAGUUAAACGAGUGCACCGGUGUGUUUGUUCUGGCCCAUGUUGCACCAGUUCUUUAUAGGGUCAUAGAUUAAGUUGUGUAUAGUGUGUUCAAUCUCAAUUCUUAUCA